GUAGUUGAGAGCACGCCUGUCGUUUUCUUCAACACUACACCAUCAUUCGCGUGCAGACAAGUAGGCGUGGUUUCCUGCUCCUAUGCCUUUGCAUUUCUCUGUUGAGCCGAUAACAAAAUCAAUAGACAUCCAGCGCGUCUUGCGACUACCGUCCUUACCGCACACUCACUCGUGAAAUCUCUCGUUAUUUUGUCUCUCUUUUGUUUUUCAUUUAUCUCUCCUUUUAUAUUUAUACUCUAAAGAAGAAACAAUUGAAGCGCCAUGCUCAACUCGAAAGACGUGGACUCGCCUGCGGGGUUCAAGUACGACUCCCUGCAGCAGCUGUGCAGCUCGCUGGGUGCCAAGAAGCCGAUCAAGCGUCUGCUCAUCGCGAACAAUGGGCUGGCCGCCGUGAAGGGGAUCGACUCCAUUCGCUCCUGGACGUACGAGCACAUGGGCGACUCCGAGGCGGUGCAGUUCAUCGUGAUGGCCACCCCGGAAGAUCUGAAGGCCAACGCGGAGUUCAUCUCCAUGGCGGAUCAGCACAUCCCCGUGCCAGGCGGCCCCAACAGCAACAACUACGCCAACGUCGACGUCAUCAUGCAGACGGCGCUGCAGAACAUGUGCGAUGCCAUCUACCCCGGCUGGGGCCACGCCUCGGAGAACCCGGCCCUGCCACGGGAGUGCGCCAAGUCUAAGCGAGUCACCUUCCUCGGCCCGUCGGAGGAUGCCAUGUUUGCCCUGGGUGACAAGAUCGCCUCGACGAUAGUGGCGCAGUCCAACGGGGUGCCGACGGUGCCGUGGAGCGGGGACAGCAUCCGCCUCACACCCGGCACCUUCGACGUGGAUGCGCAGACCUACGACAAGGCCUACGUGACGUCGCCCGAGGAGUGCGAGGAGGUGUGCCGGCGCAUCGGCUUCCCGGUGAUGAUCAAGGCCUCGGAGGGCGGCGGCGGCAAGGGCAUUCGGUGCUGCACCAACAUAAAGGAUGUGAAGAACUUGUUCUUUGCCGUCUCCGAGGAGGUCAAAGGCUGCCACAUCUUUGUCAUGCGUAUGCUGGAGAACGUGCGCCACUUGGAGGUGCAGCUGCUCGCCGACAACUACGGCAACUGCAUCGCCGUGCGCACGCGCGACUGCAGUGUGCAGCGCCGCCAUCAGAAGAUCGUCGAGGAGGGCCCCGCUUUUGGCGUCGAUCCGGCCAUCAUCCAGGCCAUGGAGACGGCGGCCAUCCAGCUGGCCCGCGCGGUGAACUACAGCGGUCUGGGCACGGUGGAGUACAUGUAUGACAAGGAGACGCAUGGCUUUUACUUUCUGGAGCUAAACCCGCGUAUCCAAGUCGAGCACCCGGUGUCGGAGAUGAUCUCCGGCGUCAAUCUGCCAGCGGCGCUGCUGUGCGUCGGCAUGGGCAUCCGCCUCGACCACAUUCCCGAAGUGCGCGUCUUUUACGGCGAGGAGCCCUACGGCACGACGCCGAUCGACUUCACAGUGCGGCAGAGCCUGCCGCCCAAGUGUCACACCAUCGCCGUGCGUGUGACCGCCGAGGACACCGACGAGGGCUUCCGCCCCACCUCUGGCAAGGUGGAGGAGAUCGCCUUCAAGAACAGCAAGGAGUGCUGGGGUUACUUCUCCGUCGGCUCGGGGGGCGAGAUUCACCAGUUCGCGGACUCCCAGUUUGGCCACAUCUUCUCCUCCGGCGAGACACGCGAGGAGGCACGCCGUGGGAUGGUGCUCGCGCUGCGCAACCUCGUCGUGCGGGGCGAGGUGCGCACCUCGACGCCGUACGUGAUGGAGCUGCUCGAGACGCCCGCCUUCCGCGACUGCGACGUCAGCACGUCGUGGCUGGAUGGGCUGAUCGCCAAGAAGGCCGCGGACGUCCCGGCCCACCAGCGCAGCAUCCACUCCGCGCUGAUCGCCGCGAGCAUCUACCGCAACAUGCGCUCCAUGUACGAGCACAAGGAGAAGUACAUUUCCUUCCUCGCCGCCGGCCACGUGCCGUCCACCGAGUACCUGUCGAACUUCCGCACCGAGUCGUACGUCAACCGCUCCGAGAAGUACACGCUGAGCGCCGGCAUGGCCAGCCCCAACGAGUACGCCAUCUCCCUCAACGGCAGCAUCGUGCUCGUGCCGUUCCGCGUUCUCAAGUCAGGUGCGCUGCAGCUCACGAUCGGUGACAAGACGCUGGUCGCCUACGUCUCCGAGGAGCCGAACAGUCUGCGCAUCACCAUCGGCGGCAAGGUCACGAACUUCUCCGGCGACAUCGACCCGACAAAGAUCAUGGCCACCGUGCCGGGCCGCCUCGUGCGGUACGUAAUCGACAACGACGGUCACGUCAACGAAGGCGACACGUUCGCCGAGGUUGAGGUGAUGAAGAUGCUGCUGCCGCUGCGGGCAAGCACGACAGGCACGCUGCAUCACCGCGCCGUUCCGGGCAGCACCAUCGCCAUGGGCUCCCAGCUGGCGGAGAUUACGCCCGACGACCCGAGUAAGGUGGCGCGGCCCACCGAAAUCAAGGACCCGUGGCCCACGGAGCUGCUGCUGGCCCGGCAGUACGAGCGGCCGGACGGCGUCACGCGUGCCCGCCGCGCCGCGGAGUCGCUGUGGGAGCUCGUCAACGGCUACCACUUCAAGGAGAUGCCGAUCGAGGAGCGGGUGCGCAAGGCCUUUGCCGACCUCGCAUCGCUGAGCCUCUCCGCCGUCACUCUGAAGGCGGUGCACCUGUCCUUUCUCCCCGCGGAGUCGUUCGUCGAGUCCGAGACGCACCCGCUGACCCCCAACGAGAAGUACCGCGUCAUCAUCGACGCCAUCGUGGAGCGGUACGUCGGGGUGGAGCAAGGCUUCGACGGCAAGAGCCGCCAGGAGGCGAUCGAGGCGGUGCGCGAGUCCCUCGACAACGCCGACGCGGUCUACGCGGUCGACUUCGCCCACAACCAGGACUGCCACCACUACGUCAUGCGCAGCGUGCUGGGCUACCUGGAGGGCAACACGCUGCUGCUCAAGUCACUGAAGGAAACGCUGGCGAAGAUCGUCACGCUCAAGUCGUUCGCCUACGGCUCGCUGCUGCUGCAGUCGCGUUAUCUGCUGCGUCUGUGCUCGCUGCCGUCCUUCACGGAGCGCAAGGCGCAGUUCGCCGAGGCGCUGGAGAAGGACAGCCUGCGCGACCUCAUCGCUAGUAGCUUCGGCUACGAUCUGCUCUGCUCCAUCAUGUUCGACCGCCAGAUGGAGCACCUGGUGCAGAUCUGCCUAGAGCUGUUUGUCCGCCGCGAGUACUUCGGCGAGAGCGACAUCAAGAACCUGGACAUCUUCAAGGAGGCGAGUAACUGGUACGCCACCUACAGCUUCGACCCGAUCAUGGACGCCGACGCGCUGCUGAUGGGCGACGAGGCGGUCGUCAAGUCGCCGUACCUGAGCACUGGCAGCGGCGUCUGCGUGAUGCUGCCGGAUGAGCAGACGCUCAAGGCGACGCUCGCCUCGUCCUUCCGCGAUGUGGUGAUGCAGUACGCCGACGACGUCGUGAUCGCCACCGUCUUCGUCUCCGUGUCGCGCGAGUCGUCGCAGUCGGACGUGGCCCGCAUGUGCUACCUGCUGAUCGAGGAGGACGCCGACGUCUUCAGGAGCUUCAAGAAGCUCGAGACGCUCUUCUUUGUGGCCCACGGCAUGCCGGAGGGGCCGCACUUCUUCUCCUUCCGCGCCGAGAUGAACUUCCACGAGGACACGCUGCUGCGCAACGUGCUGCCGCAGUCGGCGCGUCGGCUCGAGCUGGAUCGGCUGUCCAACUACGAGGUCAGCAUGUACCCAACACCCUACAAGGACGUGCACGUCUUCAAGGCGGCCCCGAAGAAGGCCGGCGCCACGAUGCUUGAGCACCGCAUGUUCGCGCGGGUGGCAGUGACGCCGCAUGACAUGGGCAUGACACCGUGGACCGAGGCGACGGACGUGGACGCGGGGCACAUGCUUGCCAAGUGCCUCGCCGCGCUGCAGGCCGCGCGCGACGACUCGAGCGUCAAGUACCCUGAUAGCAACCACGUCUUUGUGAAGAUGAUCGAGCUCACCUUCGACGUCCGCACCAUGCAGCAGCUGCUCGCCUCGGCCGCCAGCUCCUACCAGGAGACGCUGGCCAACCUCGGCGUCGGCGAGGUCGAGCUGGCCUUUCACGUGAAGGUCCCCUCCGGUCUCAUCCCGAUGCGCGUCAUCGCCAGCAGCCCCUCCGGCUACGGCGUCACGGUGCACCUCUACUACGAGUCCCUCGAGAACGGCCGCGUGCAGCUGCACCGCGCCGAGACGUCCGAGGACGUCGACUACUCCUCCACCAGCCGCGGCUCCGAGUUUUUGGUCGACAUGAACCCCGCCAGCCCCACCUCCACCGUGAAGGGCUCGCCCAGCAUGAUGCGCACCAUGUCGAAGCUGGAGGCGCUGCGGGAGAUGCUGCCCUCGGAGAAGGAGCAGCAGCCGGUGGCGAGCCUGCCGGAGCCGAAGGAGGCGCGGCACCGCGCGGACACCCUCGGCCCCUACCCGCAACUCGACACCCGCCAGGUGAAGCGCCUGCAGGCUCGCCGCGCCGGCACGACGUACGUGCACGACUGGCCCGCGAUGCUGAACCUCAUUGUGCGCAAGGUCUGGAUGAAGAUGUGCCGCGCCCGCAGCCUCGACGCGUCAACCAUUCCGCAGGUCCCCUUCCACGCGACGGAGCUCUUCAUCGGCGAGGACGGUGUGACGCUCUCGGCGCAGAGACACCACGCGGCGCAGACGUGCGGCAUGGUGGUGUGGAUGGUCGAGUACGCGCCGCCGAGCUACUAUGACGUGGAGGCGCAGCUGGCGGCGACGCGGCGGGUGGUGGUGGUGGCCAACGACAUUACCUUCCAGUCCGGCUCCUUCGCCGUGCCGGAAGACCGCGUCUUCAAGGCGGCCUCGGUCCUCGCCCGCGCGCAGCACCUGCCAUUUGUGUACAUCAGCGCGAACAGCGGUGCCCGCCUGGGCCUCAGCAACGAAGUGAAGUCGAAGUUUUUGGUCGAGUUCACAGGGAAGAGCGAGAUUGCCUACCUGUACCUGACCAAGGCGGACUACGAGGAGCUCACCACGAAGAAGAGCAUUCGCAUGGAGGCGGAGCCGCUGGAGGUGAACGGGGAGACGCGCUACGUGAUCAAGGGCGUCGUCGGCGGGCCGACGGAGUACCUUGGCGUGGAGAACCUGAGCGGGUCCGGGCUCGUGGCGGGUGAGAUGUCGAAGAACUACGGCGAGAUCCCGACGAUCAGCCUCGUGUCGGGCCGCAGCGUCGGCAUCGGGGCCUACCUCAACCGCCUCGGCCGCCGCGUGAUCCAGACGAACGACUCGCCGCUCAUCCUAACCGGGGCGGGCGCCCUCAACCGCCUGCUGGGCAAGGACGUCUACAUGGGCAACAGCCAACUCGGCGGCAAGCAGAUUAUGGUGCCGAACGGUGUCACGCACUGGUGCACGCGGCACGACUACGCCUCCGCCCGCGUGCUGCUGCAGUGGCUCGACUACGUGCCGGCCGUCGCGCACCCCACCCGCUGCUCGCCGCGGUCGCUGCUGUGGAUGUCGUCGGACCCGGUCGACCGCGAUGUCACCUUCUGCCCGGUGCCGAACACGCCCUACGACCCGCGCUUCCUCGUCACCGGGUUGCUGGGCCAGACGGGCCUCUUCGACCGCGGCUCGUGGAUGGAGACGCUGGAGGGGUGGGCCCGCACGGUGGUGGCUGGCCGCGCCACCCUUGGCGGCGUCCCGUGCGGCGUCGUCCUCGUCGAGACGCGCCUGACGAAGAAGUUCGACCCCGCCGACCCGGCCGACCCGACUUCGACCUCCUCCUUCCUGACGCAGGCCGGCCAGGUGUGGUUCCCCGACUCGGCCCGCAAGACGGCCGACGCCCUCGACGACUUCCACCACGAGCGGCUGCCCUGCUUCAUCUUGGCAAACUGGCGCGGCUUCUCGGGCGGCAUGCGGGACAUGUUCGACGAGGUGCUGAAGUUCGGUGCGUCCAUCGUGGACAACCUGCGCGUCUACACGGCGCCGGUGUUCAUCUACAUCCCGCCAGCCGGCGAGCUGCGCGGUGGGGCGUGGGUGGUGGUGGACUCCGUCAUCAACCACGGCGGCGUCGUCGAGAUGUACUGCGACCCGUCCGCGCGCGGCGGCGUUUUGGAGGCGUCGGGGGUGACGGAGAUUAAAUUCCGCGACAACGACGUGCGGGACUUGAUCCGGCGCAACCGCCCCGACCUCGCCGCGAUGGAGCCGAAGGCGGCGCGGGAAGCGGAGAACGCGAUGCUCCCGCAGUACCGCGAUGUGGCCGUGCGCUUCGCCGAUCUCCACGACACGCACGUCCGCAUGAAGGCCACCGGCGUCGUGCGCGACGUCGUGCCGUGGAAGGAGAGCCGGCGCCACUUCUACCACAAGCUGCAACGCAAGCUGAAGGAGUUGGCGGUGGCGAACGACUUGGUGGAGGGCGGGACGGCGGCCACCCUGGGCGAUGCUGUGCGCGCCAUCCAGCAGCGCUACGCCGCGGCGUACCCGCACGGGCCGGCCUGGGGCACCGACGACCGUCAGCAUCUGCAGUGGCUGGAGAGCGUUGACGGCAGCUGGAUGGACGGCGAGGCGGCAGAGGCGGAGCUGGGCACGGCGGAGUGUGCGAAGGAGAUGCAGCGGCUGCUGCGUCAGCACGGAAGCGAUGCGGCGUCAAUGGAGCGGGUGCUGGCGAAGCUCUUCGAGAAUGCGGCGGUUGCCGAGGCGGCGAAGGGUGCAAUGGAGUCCUCCUUCAACUUCUCCGUCUGCAGUGGUGAGGAAGAAUAA